UUCCAAGUCUGUUUCUCCAUGGAUGCUGCACUUCCCUUCAGAGGACUGAUGGGUGAUUCAUUUCUUUUUCUACUUUCUGGAUGAAUCCAAAGGUGUCACCUGUGUGAAAUGACUUCACGGUGGAGUGAAAGCUCAAACAUGGGAAAGUCAAGACAGCACUGGGCAGACUUCUAAGUACUCCUCGUACUCACUCUUCGUAAUGAGGCUGUGGAUCAGAGCCGCAGCUGUAAGGAGGAGGGUGCUCUGCCUCUGGCUGCUGCUCCUAGGCUUCGCCCUGGUCACUCUGGCGCUCUCGGACCUCUUAAACCGGGACCAGGAUCAAAGUCAUCAGAACCCCAGUCCUCCCCGCCGCCCCCUCCAGAGAAUCCCCAGACCAGACCUGGAGAUCAUCCUGGACUCAAGGGACCCUGCAUUAGAGCUUGGAGUGAAUGUUGCCCCGCUAAAAUCUCUUCAAGAAGACCAGCUCUUAUUUGUGCCAUCGACGCAAGGCAUUAAGAAUCCGCCGAAGAGGAAGGGGAGUUAUAAGGUGAUUCUAACCGGGUCAAAUAAGGAUUCCACCACCCCUGCGCCGCCGACGCACGGCGAAGUUGGGAAAGAAGUGCAGAUACAACUGAGGGAUUCUGAGAAGAAGGUGGAGCUGUCUGAUGUACAAAAGUUUGGUUUCAACGAGGUGAUCAGUGAGAGUAUUUCACUGCAUCGCAGGUUUCCCGAGGCGCGCCAUCCUGAGUGUUUAGGGGAGCAGUACAGCGAGGCUCUGCCGUCAGCCAGUGUUAUUAUCUGCUUCCACGACGAGGCUUGGUCCACGCUGCUGCGCACCGUGCACAGCGUGCUGGAUUCAGCACCCAAACAGUAUCUGCAAGAGAUUCUGCUGGUGGACGACCUCAGCCAACACGGACACCUGAAGAGCGUGCUCAGUGAGUAUGUGUCUCAUUUGGACGGGGUGCGUUUGAUUCGCAGCACCAAGCGCCUGGGCGUGGGAGGGUGCCGAUCUCUGGGAGCUGCUCGAGCUGCAGGGGAGGUGUUGGUGUUCGUGGACUCCCACUGUGAAUGUCAGAAGGGAUGGCUGGAACCACUUCUGGAAAGAGUAGCUCAGGACAGGACCAGAGUGGUGUCCCCCAUCAUGGAUGUGAUUGACUGGCAGACCUUUCAGUACAACGCCACCCAGUGGCCAGUGAGGGGAGUUUUCGACUGGAGGCUUGACUUCCACUGGGAAUCUUAUCAUCAUCUGCCAGAUAAAGAAAAAGACUCAGCUGUUCAACCUGUGUCGAGUCCAGCAUUAGGAGGAGGAGUUGUGGCCAUGGACAGACAUUUCUUCCACAGCGUGGGAGCCUAUGACCCAGGGAUACUUCUGUGGGGAGGAGAGCAAAUUGAGCUGUCAAUCAGGGUGUGGUCCUGCGGGGGUUCCAUGGAGGUGGUCCCCUGCUCCCGCGUGGCUCACGUAGGCCACCACCAUCUGCCUUACCUCCUCCCGGAUCAGGAGGUUCUCCAGAGGAACAAAAUCCGGGUCGCAGACACUUGGAUGGAUGCUUUCAGGAAGAUCUUCUACAGGAGGGACACUCUCGCUCAUUUCAUUAGGCAGUCUGAGAGUCCGAACAUCACAGAGCGUCUGAAACUUAAAAGGAGUCUGGGGUGCAGGAACUUCCACUGGUACCUGACAACGGUUUAUCCACAACUUUACAUCCCUCAGGACAGACCUGCUCUGUCAGGAGAGCUGUACAACGUGGGCACGAGCAGCUGUGCAGACCUUCCCCGAGGUCAUGAUCUGCAUGGUGGGGUCAUGGUCAUAGCACCCUGCAGCGGGACAGGCAGCCAGCACUGCGAUCUGAACUCUGACUCUGAGGUGCGCUGGGGUCCAAUGGGGGCUCUGUGUCUUGACGGAGAUGGAGAGCGGGUGGUGGCGUCUCCGUGCCCCAAACAACGACCGACCAGCAGCAGACUUCAGUGGAACUUCAUAAAGGCACGCCAGAGAAGUUUCUGUUUUAACUCCGUGCGCAUGAUCUCAGUGGCUGUCUGUGUAACUCAGUGAGUCUGUUUUUCUCUUUCAGCUGAGCGGUCAACUUGUCCACCAGCAGUCACAGUUAUGUUUGGAGGCUGUAAAAGAAGGAGGAGUCACACAAAGCACCCACACCAGCCCAGCAGGUCUGCUCCUGCGUCCCUGCAGCCAUCAACCCCGACAACAGUGGCACUUUGAACAACUAGUCGCUCCUAAAGGUGCCUGAUUAAUGGAUAGAAAAGACGUAAAUCCAGGGCAUCCUAAAUGUACUAUAAAUAGUGGCUGAAGUAGUGAACCUUUAUAGUCAAUCUACAGAAUAUGAUAUAUUUGCUUCACUUUGCCACUCUGCUUUUUUGUUCCUGUUUUAAGGAUUGCAAAUAGUCAAAUAAGAAAUAAUAUGUAAAAAAGAAGUCUAUUUUACACUGCUUGUGUAGUAAAAUAUAUGGUUGUAUUUAUUUAGAUGCAUAUUAUUAGAACUUCAGUAAAUGCUCUAAAUGCAUGUGUUAAUGUAUUUUGCACAUUCCUGAAAGGUUUGAAUGUAUUCAGCAAACAGACCCACAUUAAAAACUAACAGAUCUCGG